AUGUGGGUGGCUCUGCCCCUCUGUCUGCUGUCCGCUCUCCUGGCCAUAGGGAGCGCUCUGCAAUGCGAGGUGUGUGCGUCCAGAGAGCAAUCGUGCUCCGGCCCCCUGCAGCCCUGCGCCCCCUCAGAAGGGACCUGCGUCACCGUCGUGGCAGAGAUGAGGCUGGAGGGAUACUACUUCUCCUACACGGCUCAAUCGUGCCUGGAGCCCCAGAACUUUGAGCCCAGCCCCUUCUCGCUGACCUACCCGCACAAUGUCACCGUGCGGAUGAACAUCGUCAGCUGUGACACCAACGGCUGUAACGCCAGGGCCAUCCCAGUGCCAACUGUGAGCUCCGUCCCCAACGGCUGGCAGUGCCUGUCGUUCUUCAACAAGAAGAGGGAGAAGGAGAAGGAGAAGGUGCUCUUGGCCUGCACCGGCGCCGAGGAGCAUUGUAUUGAGGAUUAUGGGGUGUUAACACUAGGUGACAUCAAGCUGAUGAAGAGUGCGGCUGGAUGUGGCUCCCCUGGCGCCUGCAUGAAGAGAUUGUUGGUGAAGAAAUACGCCCAGGGCCUGGUGGAGAUGCUGAGCCGGACCAACUGCUACCCAGCUCCCUGGGCCAGUGGAAGCAUCGGGGAGCCCUGA